AUGUUUUUUCUCUCUGGCUCCUCAAAACCUCUGAAACUUAAGACAUUUCUCUCUUCAUCAUUUCUUCUUAAUCCUAAUCAAGUUCUUGGAUUCCUCAGAGGGAUUCAUGGUGAUUCAAGCAAAAACACACACCCAAUUCCUCCAUAUUGUACUAGGAAUGAUAAAGGCAGCAGCAGUAAUAAUCAUCAACAAGACAUUGAUAAACUCUGUAAAAUCCUGUCCAGGAAUCAAUACAACUCCCAGCAAAGCAUUUCAUUCAACAGGUACACUACACAUUCAUUACUAGAUGAUUCAGGUAUCAAAGUGGUCUCAGUUGAAUUAGUUGAACAAGUUUUAAAGAAACUAACCAAUUCAGGAGCAUUAGCAUUAUCAUUUUUCCGGUGGGCUGAACACAAACAAGGGUUUGAACAUACAACUGGAAUUUACAAUGCAUUGAUCGAUUCACUAGGUAAAAUCAAACAGUUUCAGUUAAUAUGGGACAUUGUUUAUGGUAUGAAGGUUAGAGGGAUUUUGACUAAUGAGACAUUCGGAUUGAUUGAGCGGCGGUACGCUAGAGCAAGGCGAUCGACUGAUGCGAUCGAUACGUUUGAGAAGAUGGAGAGGUAUGGGUUGAGACAGGAGUUAUGUGAUUUGAAUUGUUUGUUGGGUACAUUGUGCAAGUCGAAGAAUGUAAGGAAGGCGCAGGAGGUGUUCGAUGAAAUGGUGAACAGAAGAAAGAGGUUUGUGGCGGACUUGAAGACGUAUACGGUGCUUUUGGAAGGAUGGGGUGAGGAAGGGAAUUUGGUUAUGUUGAAGGAAGUUUAUAGGGAGAUGAGAGAUCAAGGUGGGUUCGAGCCGGAUGUUGUGACGUUUGGGAUUUUGAUUGGGGCUUAUUGUAGGUGUAAGAAAUAUAAUGAAGCGUUGGAGUUGUUGCGGGAGAUUGAAGCGAAUGAGAAAUGCAAGCCGGGUGCACAUAUUUACUGUACUUUGAUUAGUGGAUUAGGAAGUGGGAUGAGAUUGGGCGAAGCAUUGGAGAUUUUUGAACGUGCGAAGGCAGCUGUGUCUCCACUUGGAAUACCCACUUACAAUGCAGUUGUGGGUUCUUACUGUUGGUCGAUGAGAUUAGAUGAUGCAUAUCAGGUGGUGGAAGAGAUGAGAAGAACAGGUGUUGGCCCGAAUUCGAGGACGUAUGACAUAAUAAUUCAUCACUUGAUACGUUUAAAUAAAACGGAAGACGCGUACUUUUUGUUUCAACGAAUGGCGAGUGGUGAUUUUGGGUGUCAGCCAAAUCUCAAUACUUACGCGAUGAUAGUGAGGAUGUUGUGUCAAGAGGUUGAGAGAGUUGACUUGGCGAUAAAAGUAUGGGAUCAGAUGAAGGAUAAAGGAGUCGUUCCGUGUAUGCAUAUGUUUGCAUCUUUGGUUAAUAGCCUUUGCCAUGAAUAUAUGAUGGAUGAUGCCUGCAGGUAUUUUCAAGAGAUGCUGGAUUUGGGCAUAAGGCCUCCAGGGAAAUUGUAUGAUAAUCUUAAAGAAGCUCUUCUUGUUAAUGGAAUGGUGGAUGAAGCUAUAAGUAUCGGUGAAAAGUUAGAUAAGAUAAGGAACUGCCCAUGGACAGGGUGAAAAUAGAGAAGUGAAGGUGGUUCAGUGGUUGUAGCAAUUUCCCAUGGAGGAAAUUCCUGGCAGUUUAAGAGCUUCCUCCUUUGGUUCACAUGUUUGUGUACGAAUAUUAAAAAACGGAAUUGCAGCUCCGGCUAAUAUUGGGCAACUUGGUGGAGGAGAAUGUAAAUCACAGAUUCCUCGUUUUUCAUUUACUGUGAUGAGCCAAUCCCAGAUUCCCAGUUAAUAUGGUGCAUUUUCCUCUUUUCUUUUGCAUGACACCACCGAAAUUUCUAAUAAUCCACACGACGAGCAUUUGCUCUCUGCUUGAAGCAUCUUUAUUCCCAGUUCACCUGUUGCCUGAACGAAGCUGAGUAGUCACGAACGAUUCUAGAGAUUGAUUCAAUUGUGGAGUUGUUCGGAAUGCCAAACUGAGCAUAACGUCAUCAACAAACGUGAGUAAGAGAUCACUACUGUAGUGUAAGGUUAUGAAGAUGAUGGUGGUGAUGGUGAGGAAAUUGCAGAUUUAAAUGGCAGAAACUCAAAGAAACCCUUUUAUGCCAGUUCACCUGUUUCCCGGACCAAGUAUAGCAGAAGGAUUCUCGAGAUUGAUUCAGUUGUGGAGUUAUUCAGAGUGCCAAACAGCAUAACACUGUAAACAAACAUGAGGCUGGUAAAAUGUUUCGAAUGUACCAGUUGAUAAUUUGACAUCAGAGUAUGAAACAGUAACUUCACUUCCUUCCAUAUAAUAAAAGAAACUGAUUUGUCCAUUAGGAUUCUGGGAUUU